UUGCUAGAAGCUUAUUAGAUCUUUUUAAUUGAGGUUAUUGUCUAUUAUUGUUGAUUUUGUUCAAUGUUAGUGUUAAAGAUAAUUUGUCUAUUAAUGAAAAUUUCUAUUUUCUCUCUAAAAAAUCAAAACAAAACAAAAACAAAAAAUAAUAAAGAAACACUUUAUCAAAAAAAAAAAUAAUAAUAAUAAAGAAACACAUUAGGCAUGAUCCAGUAAAUAUUGGUAAUUAGUUAUAGUUACGAGUAUUUAAUUUGAGUACCCAACUUUAGGCACUCUGCUUAAUCUCUCCCUCCGCCAUAGCCAUGUCUCUUUCUCUGAAGCUGCCCACCGUUCCUUGCUCAUUUUCCUCUUAUCCGGGUAUCAACAACUUCUCUUGCCGGAGACUCUAUAUUAGUUCUUCCCCGUUUUUGCCACGGAAGAUGAACCUUUGGGAAAUCAAUCAUACCCAAUUCCGGAAAUUUUGCUCUGUUAACGGCGACGACAUUGAUCCUCGUGGUUUGUCAGAUACUCAAAGUGGAUCCCUUGAACAUGAAGGUUCGCCUGAAAAUGAUGCCACUGGUCAAGGAGUACUGCCCAAAUCCAACGAGAUGAUAAAGAAACUGAAGAGAUAUGGCAUUGCUGGAGUGUUAUCGUAUGGGCUACUGAAUACUGCCUACUAUCUCACAACAUUUCUCGUGGUGUGGUUUUAUGUUGCUCCAGCACCAGGGAAGAUGGGUUACCUUGCUGCUGUUGAAAGGUUCCUCAAAAUAAUGGCCAUGGUGUGGGCUGGAAGCCAAGUUACUAAGAUUUUUAGGGCUGGAGGGGCACUUGCACUCGCUCCAUUCGUGGACAGAGGAUUAACAUGGUUUACUGUCAAAUUUAAAUUUGAGUCUCAGGGCAAGGCUUCCAUGGUGAUUGUUUCAUUCUGUUUAGGACUUGCACUCUUAUUAUUUUUCUCUGUUACAUUGCUUUGGGCUUGAAGUUGUAUGUCAUUUUUUUUUUCUUUGGGGUCUAAGCAGAGGGGAGAUAACAAUAAAAGAAUUCAUAUGUAACGUUGGAAUCAUUGGAUUUAUUUCAGAUGUUGUCAAUGCCUAACUCAUUGGUGCUUACUGCAGGUUUAAUAGACAUAGAAUUGCAGACAAAAAUUGUUGUCUUCUUGGCUAGCUAGUUACCUCUAUAUGUUAAUUGUUUCAUGUAUUAAAAUAGUAUGGUCAUAUUUGACACAUUAGAGUUAAUUGACAGAAGAUUGUGUAAUAUUUAAAGUAUACUGUCCUGGCAAUACUCAACUUGGAAUACAACAUAGUUUAAGAAUUUUUAAA